UUCUGCUACCAACUUCACGUGACAUUUUUAAGUUCAUAACUAGGUUAAUAAAAAUUUCUGUUUGUGACAUUAAAAUAAAUAAAAAAUGUUCUAGUACAUCUGACACACUGAAAAUGCUCCGUUUCAAGAAGAUGUUUGCCCUCCACAUACCCCCGAGUAUUGCGCCACGCGAUGAUAAAAUCUUGCGGAUUUGUUGCUCAAGCCCUAGUUGCGUGAAAUAUCCUCGGUUGCAGACCGACCGUGUCCCCAGGGACUCCUGGAGGGGCUCGACAACGUCGCUUGAUAUCGUAAAACGUCUGGAUGCAGGCAAAAUCGUGGCUGCACCUCGUAAACAAAAUUUUGACAUGUGUAAGGAGCCACCGGCUUUGGAAAACCCUUCGGGGGUUGAUAAAAAAAAUCAUAAACCCGCAGGUGAAUUAAAAACCUCCGACAAAACCUAUCCCGAGAUGAUCAGGGAAUACAGCGAAAAAAUUGACUCUAAAAUCGCGCAGAAAAAGGAAAAAAAUUCCAUCACCGGAAUUUUCUCGAAAUCGACGAUUGAAAAAAUUUCUUCACUCGCUGGAGUAAAGACGAAACAUGGCGGCAGUUCUUCAAAAAAUUCGUCAUGGAAAUUCCCGGAAAAACCGAUGAAAAAAAUCGAUAAAUAUUCAAAUGAGAAAUCCUCGGAGGUAUCGAUUAUUAUCGAGCCCCUCCCCCCAGAUUUAAAUUCACACAUGAGUGACAUGGGUAUAAUGAUGAUUACAGUGUGCGAAAAAAUCAUUCCAACUCGUUCAUUCGGCGCCGUUGACCUUCGAAUCAACGGUGUACCCGUUACACGUGUGAAACAAAUUAGCACGAGAUUUCCAACCCUCAAUGUCACGAGUUCAUGUGGCAAAUGUGAGAUUAAAAUUCCCAUUGCGAUGAGGAAUAAAUCCAUGUUAAAUUUAUCUUUAUCGGGAACGAGCAGAUCUAAACCAGAGACUGAUGUUCCAUUAAAAAGAAUGACUGGUAAUUCUGAAAGGCUCGAAGAAUCGGAGAUGCGUAAAACUGUUCCCUGGUGGACGUCCUUGGAGUCCUUUCGCAUCCUUGAAACUCCUGACAACUUGAAGAUUGAGCUACAGGUGUUGAAAUCACCGCAGCCAGUAGCAAAUAUUCCAAAUAAUUCCGGAAGUUCCGGUGAACAAUCACGAGAGAAAGUUAAUCUCAGCCCCGCAAAACCGGUGAAAUCGUCGUCCAUUAGCGAAAUGAGCCACGACAAAGGCGUUGGACUUCAUAAAUCAGACAUGAAGAACAUCAACUCGUUAAUGAACCAGUGGUUGAAUUCUAAAAAGAAAAUUCCCCCAAACCACCGAUUUCCCGAGGCGCGAUUGCGCUAUGCACCGGUGAUAAAAUCGUCUGUAUCCCCGAUAAAAAAUCCGAAAGUGCAGGAAACAAGGAACACGAUACCCUGGACGAGUGCCAAGUUGUCGUCUCCCACGAGUUACUUGAAAAUUCCGCAAAACAACAGCUCAAAAAUCAACGCAGCCUCAGGGAAACCGAGUGACGAAACGUCCGGUGGAGUAUCACCAAUACCGGAACUGUCAGUUAUGCCUGGAGAAAAUCUGGAGCUGGUGGAGGUGACGGUGGCGCCAGGGACAAUGAAAUCAGUGAAACGAGGGAAAGGCAACAGUCUGAUUGAUAAUGAACAUCGUGUGCCAACGGUCAAGAAUCCUGAGAGGAAAUUGAAGCAAUUGGAUCAGGACAACCGGAUGCUGACGGAAGCAUCGAUUGAAGAAGUCAUGUCAAAGAAAUCGGGACCUCGUGACGCAUCGGUGGAUAGGAUCGUUAAAAAUCGGAAAAACAUUAAUGAUCCGGCAAAACCGGGUGAUGAUCGAGGAAUUACAGGGGGUGACACUCUGCCAGAUGAUUCGGGGAGUCCAGUGGGAUCACAGAGGAUGCACUCGGGUCAUCAUCAAGGGAGAAGUUCAAAUGGCAACAACCAGGUAACCUUGCAGGGCACGAAGACCUCAGGCGAAUCCGGGUAUCCCGCCACCACUGUGGAAUGUAACAACACAGUACGCGUCAAGGACGAGAACAUCCUGACUGCUCCUAGCACGAGAUCGAUGGGGAAGCUCAAGAUGAGACUCCAGAGAUCUAUGGAUCGUGACACAAAACGGAAUGCGGAUACAAGUGUUAAGGAUCGAUCGUCAAUCCAGUAUCCGAGUCACAGGAAUUUGAAUGAUAAUACAACUAAAAAAAUACUGUACUCUGCAUGGUUGAAUAAUCCCCAGCAAAAAGACGAUUGACAUUUGUUUAUAAAGACGAUACAUUAACACAUUAAUGUAUUACCUUUAUAUUAAAAAAUUACACCUGGAAUUUCAACCGGAAAUUUCUAAC